GGUUCCUCUGACUCAAGACACGUUGACAGAUUUUCUUUCAUUCAAUGGCUGGACGAUUUUGAAUGAUUGAGCAGCAUUGAUUGGGGCCGGGGUCCAUAUGUUGACAUGAUUCACCUGAACUGAGGAAAGCGAAGCGAGGUCGUCGCCGACUCAGGACAACAAAGGGGCUAACACCACCAAGAUAAAGCGGCACGGAUUUCUGCUCCCAAAUCGCAUGCUUCAGAGAAAUGAUAUCAGCGAGAAGGGAAAUGACGCUAAGGAAUCCCGCCCGAAGAGGGCACGAAGACAAAAGCCCGUCUCGCAUCUUUUCCAGGAUUUCCUCCUUCAACACCAUCCACCUUCACGACAAAGAAACCUGCAUCAACAACAAGACAGAACAAGAUGUCUGACUCCAGCAGCAUUAAGAUGAAGGAAAUCCCUGAGAAUGAACUCCUUGGCAACGAGGUGCCCAUGAGAUACACAUGCACUCUUCUCUUCUUCGCAUUCACGACUACGGCCUUGAUUGCGACCGUCUGCUUGACCACUUUCCUCGUCGUUUUGGCGGCCCAGCACUCCUCCCUCGUAACCAAUCUCGUUGGACAAAAUGCUACAACCCACCAUGGCCUCCCGUCCAUCACCUUCCCACGCCUUCACCGCAACCCGACUGAGGUCAUCGCUCCUCGAUCAGACACGGCCUUGUCUCUCUCGGACACAGCUCUCAUUGACACAAUCUUGAAUGACCUCAAUACCACCGCUUCUCGUAUUCACUCCGCCUCCAAGGACCUGAACGCUACCGCCUCGCUCUCCCCUCGCGGUUUCCCACCCACCGUUGCCGACUGCACUCCAAACGGCCCCGUCUGCCGUCUCAGUGUCCUCACUUGGGAUAGUCCCGGCCACAAUACCGCUGUCCUCGGCAUCUUCGACUACUACUGCAACUUAAUCGGCUACUACGAUCAUGCUCCUUACGGCCAAAUCGUCGACUUCUACUCUCAGCUCCCGUACACGGUCGUCACUCGGGUCAAUGGUGUGAACGAUGUCGUUUUCAAAUACGAUGGAGUUCAGUUUGGCACUGGUUGGUCUGAGGCAAUUUGUUGGGAGGAUCCUGCUCCGCAGUUCGGUUUCCCGGCCUACUGUGUCGUCCCUUUCUGGUGCCCACCCAAGUGAUGGUACGUUGACGGCAUUGUGGACUCUGUUUCGGAUGGUGGGAUGCGGAUCGAGUUCCUUUGCAGCAUGCUGCCGGUGGAGAUUCAUACAUGGUAGAUUUCGAUAGGUGGCAGAUUGAGCCUGGCUCUCUGAUACUUUAGCGUUGAUUCCGUUCGGGGUAGACAAAUGGCAUAAAUUGCAGCGGCAUCCAA